AUGGUGCUGUACGACGCGAUGAUCGUCGUGAGCGCCAAGGUGCCGAAGACGGCGUGCGCGGACGUGCUGCGACGACUCGGCGCGAGCGUCAUGGACGCGGGCGGGGUGGUGACGAACGUGGCGUCGUACGGCGCGCGGACGCUGGCGUACGAGUUUCGUCGACCGGGGGAGAAACACUUCGAGGCACAGUUUGUGAAGAUGUCGUUUAACGCGCCGCCGACCCUCGUGGCGGAGGCGGAGCGCACGCUGCGCAUCGACGAACGGGUCUUGCGGUGGGUGAUCACGAAAAAGCGCGCUAUGAGGCGAUUGAAUGAUUAUAAGGCGCACGAUCCGAGGAAUCCGAACGCGAUGCAGAGUUAUGAUGGGCGGAAGCCGUCCUGA